ACUUGAAACUCAUAAUUCAACAACCAGCACUGCUACUUACCUGUAUAUAUUAAUUAAUACAGUGCUCGAAGAUGGUUAAACCCUUUUGGAGAAAAGGUUCCGGUAGUGAGCGAAGUAAGAUCAGUCCAGCAAAGAAUAAUGGCUUCACAUGGUGCAAAGAUCUUGGCCUUCACGCCUUUGGAGAGUUUUCAAUGGCAACGAUCCAAGCCAACAGUGUGAUGGAGGAUCAGUGCCAAAUCGAAUCAGGGCCAUUGACGUUCAACAAUCCUGCAGUUCAAGGCACGUUCGUUGGAGUUUACGAUGGUCAUGGAGGUCCAGAGGCUUCCAGAUUCAUUGCAGAUAACCUCUUCCCCAACUUAAAGAAGUUUGCCUCAGAGGGUGGAGAGGUUUCGGAGGAGGUGAUCAGGAACGCAUUUGCAGAGACUGACGAAGAUUUUCUCAACGCAGUGAAGAAGCAGUGGCGCAAGAACCCGCAGAUGGCAUCAGUGGGGUCAUGUUGCUUGGCAGGAGUGAUAUGCAACGGACUGGUGUACAUCGCAAACGCAGGAGACUCGAGGGCUGUGUUGGGAAGAUAUGAGAGAGGUGGAGUGAGAGCUGUUCAGUUAUCAGUAGAGCACAACGCCAAUAUAGAGUCUGCGAGGCAAGAGCUAUGGUCAAUGCAUCCUAAUGACCCCAGCAUCCUUGUGAUGAAGCACCGGAUGUGGCGUGUGAAAGGCAUCAUCCAGGUGACAAAAUCUAUAGGGGAUGCGUAUCUGAAAAGAGCAGAGUUUAACAGAGAGCCGUUGCUGCCUAAAUUCAGAGUAGCAGACCAUUUCACCGAGCCAAUCCUUAGCGCGGAUCCAUCAGUCACGGUUACACGGCUUACACCAGAAGACGAGUUUAUGAUUCUUGCUUCAGAUGGGCUUUGGGAGCAUCUAAGCAACCAGGAAGCUGUUGAUAUUGUACAUAGUUCCCCACGCCAAGGAAUAGCAAGGAGACUAAUCAAAGCUGCAUUGAAGGAAGCAGCAAAGAAAAGAGAGAUGAGAUACUCAGACUUGCAAGAGAUCCUUCCCGGUGUGAGAAGGCAUUUCCAUGAUGAUAUAACUGUUAUUGUUGUCUAUCUCAACGCACAAAUGGUCCAAACCAAUGCUUGGGCUUCUCCACUUUCGAUAAGAGGUGGCUACCCAAUGCAUUCAGCCUCAUGAACACACCUCGCACUACAUCAUUGCCUCUUUAAUGCAUAAAGAGCCAGAAGAAAUUGGAACCGGCAGCAUGAACCACAAUUAGUAUAGCUAGAUCAAUUAUUAUAUUUUGCGAUAUAUCUUUGAUAUGUUAUGUUGUUUUUAUGAAAACAUAAAUUCAAAUUUA